AUGGGGAAUCAUCAAGCUGUUAAGAAGUUGUGGGUGAUUAACAAUUUCUCUUUUUUGGAUUCCGAUAGAGUUUAUUCUGAUAUAUUCGUGGUCGGUGGCUGCAAAUGGUGUCUACUCGCCCUUCCCGAGGGAAACAAUAACUAUAUCUAUGAUUAUUUCUCUCUGUAUCUAUGUGUUCCUGAUUCUGAGUAUUUGCCUUCCGGAUGGAGAAGACGCGCUAAAGUUUCUUUCACUAUGGUAAAUCAAGUUACGGGAGAACUCUCCCAACAACAAGAAGGAGUAUACUGGUUUGAUGAAAAGAACACAACCCAGGGUUUUGGAUCUAUGUUUCGCCUUUUGGUGUUUCAAAGCAGUUAUAAAGGGUUUCUUGUAAACGGAGAAGUCGAUAUUGUUGCAGAAGUAGAUGUUGUUGAAGUUAUUGGUAAAUUAGAUGUAUCAGAGGAAUCAGAAAGCAUUGAUAGCAAUGGGUUUGACGUCCUUGCUUCACAAGUAGAAUCUGUGAACAGUCUGUUUGGAAAGUACCCAUGUUUUGCAUCAAAACUCUGUCCCAAGACCCCACGUUUAAAGAAAAAUGUUGUACAAAGUCUGAAUGAGAUUCUGUGCAAGUCUACUAAGGAACUCUCUAAUGGUGAUCUGGCCGAGGCAUAUUCUGCACUACGAUUUGUUACGAAAGCAGGGUUUAAGUUGGAUUGGUUGGAGAAGAAACUGAAAGAGACUGGUAAGAGUCGAUUGCAAGAAAUUGAGGAAGAUUUAAAGGACUUGAAGGUGAAGUGUGCAGACAUGGAUGCUCUGCUUGAGUUCUUGCGCUGA